ACACACACCAAAAGGGUUGCGCUGCUGCUGCGCCGUGGCACCCCCCUAUUCCCUACCGACCGAGUGGCACAAACAUCUUCCGAGGGUGUCGGUAGCGGGCCAAGACGACUCUCUUUCCACUGGCAUGGAACCGGACUAGUCGAUCGUUCACCGCCGACCAGGUCUGAAGUGAACAGCGUCAGCCCUCGACCAGCCGAAAAAAAAAAAAAGAAAAUAAAAAGAAACUUUCUCGAUCAUCAAACACUCGUGUCCGAGCGAUCCAUUAACCAUCGGCGGUAUAGGAGCGAAAGAAAAACGAGUGAACAAAAAUACAAAAGAAGAAAUUUUGCCGGUGUCCAUCCAUUUCCUUUUUCGGUCCGGCAAAACAGUAGGUAGUGGUGAAACGGACAACAAGAGGUGAAACACGAUAAUUGAAAUAGACAUCUCUCUCUCUCUCUCUAUUUUUGUGUUAAAAAGAAGUGCACAGCUGCCAUUGUCAGCGAAAGAUCCGUGGUGCGUGUCGACAGAAAACACGGCAGUAUUCGUGUCAGAAUGAAGCGCAACUGACAAAGUGACAAGGGAGAGGAGGAAAAAGUGGAUGUUCGCCCAAGACAUCCGAGGGUGUGUCAAGUCGUGUGACAUCGCGGACGCUGCCGGCGCACCAGCAGCAGCAGUACCGACCAUCGCGCUAAAAGCUCUCAACAAACAAAACAUCAACCCGUAGCGGGUCGUAAUACUACUCUCCUCAUUACCCAACCAAUCAGCUCCAGCUGCGUCCGUCUCAUCACACAAAAAAAUCGACCAGGAACAAAAAGAUUCUGCCCCCCUGCAGUCGCUAUUGAAACUUUUUCGACAAUCAUUUCAAUUCAUUCAACUUUCAACAAGAUUUCCAUUUCGCUUGAACUUUAGACUAUAAGACUCGGGGUCCACUUUCGGAAGACAUCAGCCGCUAGAGGCGCAUGUGCCCAACUUGUGUGUGUGUGUGUGUAAGGACUUUCUCUGAGCAAAUCAUCGAUCACAUCCGCCGCCGGCUGCGCCGGGUUGGGGGAAAAGUUCUUUUUGGAUCACUACCACCACACCAGGGCUCCUCUUUUCCAGUGUUCCCUCCCACUCUCUCUCCCUCCCCUACCCCGACACACCCGCUACCCCGUGUGAGUUAAGAGCGUAGAGAGAAGUCGAGGACAUCGGCGAUUGGUCGACAGGGCCGAGGUCACGUGGCUCGUCCUUCCCCCAACGGGAGGUGGAGCCCCCCGCCAGUUAUUUGCUCCAGUCCGCAUCGACUCUCUGGCACUGGCACUGGGCACUAUAAGCACAAGACAUCAACCAGCAACGCGGGCCGGCUGCGAGGAACAAGAAGAGCGCGGACACACACAAUCGAGUGAAGAGUGAAACACAGACAAGACAUCAGAGUUAGUUACUAGUGAGUGGCCGUCGCCUCCGAAUCACAUGAGUUAUUGGUUAGUUUCGUCACGAAAAUCAAUUAAAAAAUAGUGACGACUCAAUUUCGUAUUGACACACAAAGAGUCCCAGUCAUCAAGAUAAUCAUCAUCAUCUCCUUGUGUCAAUCAGUGGAAGGUAGAAUUGAUGAUCGCCAUGAGUUCGUUCUUGAUGAACUCCGGGUCGUCGCAGUACGUCGUCGACCCAAAGUUCCCGCCGAGUGAGGAGUACAGUCAGAGCAGUUACAUUCCGGCGGCCGUGUCCAGUGACUACUAUGUGCCUCACCACCAAGUCCAGCACUACCACGGCUACCACGGGCACCACACGCAUCACCACCACAACGUAACUCAUCCGUCGUCAGUCACCUCGGCCGCUUCCAUGGGCUAUUACGGCCAGCAUCCCAGUCACGGGGGAGCGGUUGUCAGCGCUGGCGGAUAUCACGGCGGAGGAGCCUACGGAGCCAACGGAGCGUGCGGAAUCGCUGGCACUGGCCAGCAAGUCCAAGUGCCCAUGACUGGGCAUGUCGCCCCGACUUUAGGCCAUCACCAUCAGCACCAGCCGCAACAGCAACAUCAGCAGAGUCCGGGAAUGAUUCAACGAUCGCCCGCUCCCUCGCCGACGCCUUCGUUGACGUCCAUGGUGACCUGCCCGUCCCAGCAGCUCGCGGCCCAACAACAGCAGACCCUUGGACACCAGCAGCUUCAGCUUCAGCACCAACACGUCCAGCAGCAGCAGCAACAACCUCUUCACCAGCAACAACUCAAUUCCAGUCAUUUACAACAGCAGCAACAACAACAACAACAGCAAAGUCACGGUGUCGUCGGCGGUGGUGGUGUCGUUUCACAGGCAUUGAUGCAGCAUGACCAGCUGUCCCAUCUCGGCUCUAUGGUGGCUGCCCAGCAGGCCAACGGCCAGCAGCAACAGCUGCAAACACAGACGCAGAUCCAGCAGCAACAGAAUAACGCCCUGCAAUUGUGCCAGCCACCGACGCCCAAUAGCCCCGAAUCCGAUUGCGAUGACGGGUCCGACAUGUCCGACGACUCUCACAAUCCCGUCAUUUACCCGUGGAUGAAAAAGAUUCACGUCGCUGGAGCACCAUCGUUGUCUGAUGGUUUCCUAGCCAACGGAGGAUUCACGCCGGGAAUGGAACCCAAACGACAGCGAACAGCCUACACUCGCCACCAGAUUCUCGAGCUGGAAAAAGAAUUCCACUUCAAUCGCUACCUGACGCGGCGCCGUCGGAUCGAAAUCGCCCACAGCCUCUGCCUGUCCGAGCGCCAAAUUAAAAUCUGGUUCCAAAACCGGCGCAUGAAGUGGAAAAAGGACAACAAAUUGCCAAACACGAAAAAUGUCCGCCGGAAGACCAAUCCGGCCGGAGUCACGACGACAGCCACCGGCGUGCCCAUCAUCACGACGGCGGCCAAUAACACGACGACCACCAGCACGCCGACCCCCACCGGUAAUUCGCAAUCGUCCAAUCCGCCCAGAUCCAACGAGACGCCCACGUUUCAGGAUUGCGGAAUUCUAAACAUUAAACCCGACUACGGUCUCACCAAUCUCUAAUUUUAAAUAGUCGAAAGGGGGCGAAAAAAAAUAAGGGUCAAGUCAAGUCGAGUUCAAAAUUGUUAUACAAAACGAAAAAGUGCGUUGCGGAAAUAAUCACAACUAUACCUCCAAACAACCAGAAAGAUUUUGUAAGACAAUUGAAUCCUUCGCUUCUUUCUCUUCGUCGUUUACACACCUUCAGCUCCUCCUGCGAAUGGCUAAAAGGUUUACCUCAGGGUUUUUUUCUUCUUUUCAUUGUACAUAUACGACUACAAUUCGUGUAACCUGUUUUUUGUCACCUUGUAGACUUAUCUCUCUCUCUUCUUCUCAUUUAAAACUUUGUAUUCGAUUUUUAAAAAAAAAGUCUCGCGACUCUCCGUAAUCUCGUCCGACAGCAGGGUAGUAAGAUUCUGUUUUCAUUCUCUCUUUUCCUUGUUCUACAUGUGUUUCUCAAGUUAAGCGGAAUUACCGAUUCUACUAAAAACAUCGUGCGUUAUAAUUUACACAGCGUCGUCGGGUCAGUUCUCUUUCAAUUGUUCAUUUCCUCUGGCGUAAGAAAUGUAACAACCAAUUGAAAAGUUAACAGAUCUCGCCGCAACUGCAGUCAUCAUGUAAUAUCUAAAAAAAUAAAAACAAGCCAGCGAUAACAUUUGAGUUCCCGCUAAAAAAAAAAACAAAAAAGUCUGGCUGUGUGUUUAGCUUGUUAGA